AUGUAUCUGAAAUCAAAGCUAUCGUGGAACGUGGUCCUCCCUGCCGAGAAGCUGGACAUCAAGGGCCUGAUGCUCCAGAAGGCCAUAAUCACGGGCCUGAUGGCCGAGUUUGCUGCGAGAAAGGCCUCCCGGGAGCUCGGGUAUUUCUUGGCGGUGAACACAAUCCAUAGCAUAGGGGAGGGCAAGGUUCGGCAGCAGACGGGUGAUGUCCUUUUCCCGGUGGAGUUCAGCUGCCUGACGUUCAAGCUAUUGGCUGGGGAGGUGUUGGAUGGUGAAGUCCACAAGAUUCUGAAGCAUGGUGUGUUUAUCAGGUGUGGGCCUGCUGAGAAUGUCUUCCUCUCUCACCAGAAGAUGGAUGACUAUCAGUAUGUACCAGGUGAGAACCCUUACUUUAUCAAUGCUAAGUCCUCGAAGAUCGAUAAGGGAGUUGUUGUGCGCUUUCUGGUGAUUGGGGUGAGGUUUGUGGAGGCUGAGAAGGGCUUCCAGGCUGUUGGCAGCCUGCAGGGUGACUACCUCGGCCCUGUCUCUUAG